AUGUAUGCCGACCUCACAGCACGUGAGCUGAAAGCUGUCCGGGACUACCUGCACAGUAUUCCAGAGCUGGAGCUCACUGAAGCUCGUAGCAAGACUCUGAUGAAGAACAGCAUCCUCCUGAUCGAACUGCAUCUGCCUAGAAAGCAUGAAGCCCUCAGAGCUCUGGACCGUGGACAGGCCAAACCCCAACGUCAAGCCCGUGUGAUCAUCCAGUUCGGGAACAAGACCGAACCCAACAUCACUGAGUACAUUGUCAGUCCUCUGCCAUCCCCAAAGACCCACACAAUCAAGACGUUCAAGGGGGCUAGGCCUAUCCGAUUUGAGUCAAGGCCUAUUUCCGCUGUAGAGUAUUAUCAUAUUAACGACAUACUAGGAAAGAUCGCAAAUAAAGCUCACAAGCUUCUAUUUGAGACCACUGGAGGGUUUUCCUUCAAUAACUGCUCAAACCGCUGCUUGACGUUCUCAGACAUAGCCCCCCGUGGGCUUGGUCCAGGUGAAAGGAGAAGCUGGAUAAUGUUGCAGAAAUUUGUGGAGGGUUAUUUCAUCCAACCAAUUGGGUUUGAAAUAUUGAUAAACCACCAGGACCUGGACCCAGAGAAGUGGAAUGUCGAGAAGGUCUGGUAUAACAGCAUGUUCUUUGACAGUGUUGAGGAACUGGUUGAAAAAUACGAAUCAGGAGAUGUGGAGAAGAUCAAACUGCCUGAACAUGACGACAAUGACCUGUACUCUAGUUACAUCCCCCGGGGUCACAGCAACACAGCCACUAAUAUCCAUGGGCCGAAGCUUGUCGAGCCUCAGGGCAAGCGCUAUCACGUUGACCGCAACUUUGUUGAGUAUGCUGGAUGGUCUUUCGCCUACCGUGUCCGAUCAUCGGCUGGGCUUCAAGUUUUUGACCUGCGUUUUAAUGGGGAAAGGAUUGCCUAUGAGAUCAGCCUACAAGAAGCUAUUGCCUUCUAUUCUGGUGAUACUCCUGCUGCCAUGCAAACAAAGUACAUUGAUGCCGGCUGGGCAAUGGGCAGCUCAUCCUACGAACUGGCGUCAGGAAUAGACUGUCCAGAAAUUGCCACCUUUGUUGACCUGUACCACUACUAUGACACGGAUAAACCAGUGCGCUACAAAAAUGCACUCUGUAUUUUUGAGAUGACCACUGCUAUGCCUUUGAGGAGGCAUUUUGACUCCAACUUCAAGGGGGGAUACAACUUCUUUGGAGGGGUGGAUAACGCUGUGCUGGUGUUGCGGACAACCUCAACGGUUUAUAACUAUGAUUACAUCUGGGACUUCGUGUUCUACCAGAAUGGGGUGGUGGAGGUAAAGGUCAGCGCUACCGGAUACAUCCAUGCCACUUUCUUUACAGCUAACGGACUUCACUAUGGCGCCAAGGUGUACAACCAUGUGCUUGGUAACCUGCACACACACCUCAUCCAUUAUAAGGUUGACCUGGAUAUUGCUGGUCGAGAGAACAGCUUUGAGACGAUUGAUUUGAAAUAUGUCAACUUCACAAAUCCCUGGAGUCCAAAGAACUUCAUCGUCCAGUCCAAACUCCAUAGGACAGAGCAGAAGACCGAGAGAUCAGCUGCUUUCCGCUUUGGCAAAAAAUUCCCCCGCUAUGUGCACUUUUACAAUCCCAAUGAGAAAAAUAAAUGGGGACACCAGAAGGGUUAUCGGAUUCAGUUGAACUCACAUGCCCACAGUGUGCUUCCAAGAGGCUGGAGGGAGGAAAAUGGCAUCAGUUGGUCAAGGUAUCCUCUUGCUGUGACUCGUCAUAAAGACAGUGAAGCCACCAGCAGCAGCAUGUACACCCAGGGUGACCCAUGGGACCCCGUUGUGUCCUUUGAGGACUACAUUCGCAACAAUGAAGACAUAGUAAAUCAGGACCUGGUAGCCUGGGUGACAGUAGGCUUCCUGCAUGUGCCUCACUCAGAAGACAUCCCGAACACGGCAACCCCCGGCAACACAGUGGGCUUUUUCCUCCGACCGUUCAAUUUCUUUGACGAAGAUCCUUCGGUGGCAUCCAGAAGUACCGUCAUCGUCCGGCAGGGGAAGGACGGCAAGCCCAAAGUCCAGAGGUGGACUCCUGAGGUCAUAGGUCACUGCGUGUCAGACAAGCCCUUUAUGCACUUUUGA